GUCCUGCUGGAGCUUACAGUGUGCUGGAGAGAACACACAUCCACAAGCAAUGACAGUCACUCUGCAGCAGUCUUAUGUGUAAUCAUAACUUCAUGUUUGUGGAUGUUCUGUAGACUCCCUGAGAUGUCAUCGUCAGUGCCUCAGGGCCACACCUGGGCCCGCCAGGUGAAGAAGAAGGAUGAGGAAGAGGACCUGCUGGACCUGAUGAUCUCCAGCUCUGGCUGUGCUGCCUCCCACUUUGCAGUGCAGGAGUGCAUGGCCCAGCACCAGGAUUGGCGGCAGUGCCAGGCUCAGGUGCAGGCCUUCCGGGAUUGCAUGACUGAACAGCAGGCAAGACGGCAGGAGGAGCUGCAGAAGAAGAAAAAGCAGGCCAGUGCUGACCACUGAGACCGCAAGCCACCUGUCCCCAGAGGAAGAAGUCCUGAAUGGUGGAAGUGUGGACCAGGAGCUGUGAAACUUGGGGAUGGUCUUUGGGACUGGGGUUGACAGCAUGAGACCGUGGAGUUGGGCAUGUCUGCCACAAAGAGCUGUCAUAGUUCUGUGCAGGUCAGAUCCUGCACAUCCUUGCCCUUCUUGUUCUACCAGCAUUUUUCUUGUAUAGCAAGGAGUAAAGUAAGGUAUACUUCCAACCCCACAUCUUGGGUCAGUAUGACACGUUCUGACAAGAUUACAGUAUCAUUUUAAUUUUUAAAAUUCACAAUCUAAGAAUUAGUUGGUAACCUUAUCAGAUCUUCCAUUACUGAGUGACAAACUCAGUGACAGCACAUAUUUCUGAGCCGUUGUGUUGGACAUACAUGUGCUGAAUAAUGUGACCUUUGACCUCAGGUAAUUUAGAGUAAUUUGGAGUAAUGAAAAUAAAAGAGCGUUGUCCCAACUAA